AUGAGCAACGCUCACUCGCACGGCAUGCCGAAGACCGUCGUGCCGGACCAGAUUGGACCCAUGAGCAGUCCCGGGGAGGAUCCUGAAAAAAACGAAGCGGUCGAUCGCAUCGUACAAGAACCCGCCAGGGAUGAUACGAGUAUCUCAGACAAGGAUUCCACCUUGUAUCAAGGCGGUGUUCAACGCGUGAGAGCCAUCACUUCAUUAUGGUCUAGGAAUACGAUGUGGCUCAUGUUUGCCCUUCUUUACCUUGUCUCUUUCGUCGAUCUGCUUUUAGUUUCCGUCCAAACCUCGCUCAAUCCAUAUAUCACGUCGUCAUUCCAUAAGCAUGGACUCCUCACCGUUGUCAGCAUCAUGUCUACCAUUCUCGGCGGCUCCUCCAAGCUCACUCUCGCCAAGAUUAUUGACAUCUGGGGACGUGUUGAAGGCUUCUUAUUUAUGCUUCUGAUUGUCGUGAUCGGCCUGAUAAUGAAAGCCACCUGCAAAAACAUCGAGACCUACGUCGCGGCGCACACACUGUAUUGGGUGGGACAUAUUGGGAUGAUGUAUGUAAUUGAUAUCAUGCUGGCGGAUAUGACCACCCUCAAAAACCGAAUGAUCAUGCUCGGUAUCAACGGAACCCCGAGUAUCGCGAGCACCUUUGCGGGGCCGAAGAUCGCAAAUCUAUUCUACAUCAACCUUGACUUUCGCUGGGCAUUUGGUGCGUUCGCGAUCAUGAUCACUGGUACCUCCAUCCCUGUUGUGGGCGUUAUGCUGUACAUGCAGCGGAGAGCCCAGAAGGUGGGUGCUCUCGAGAAGAGAGUUUCGGACAGGACCUGGUGGCAGUCUAUCGUCCACUACUUCAUCGAGUUCGACGUGGUGGGAAUUGUUUUGAUAACGGCAGUGUUUUCCUUGAUCCUUCUCCCCUUCAGUCUGGCCUCGUAUGCGCCCAGGGGAUGGGCCAGUGGAUAUAUUAUUGCGAUGGAAGUACUUGGCGUGGUUUGCAUCCCGGCAUUCUAUGCAUGGGAGCGAUACCUUUCCCCUGUCCAAUUCCUCCCUUGGAAAUACCUGAAGGAACCGACGAUCAUUGGUUCCUGCCUUCUGUAUUGCGUCAUGUUCAUCUCCUGCUUCGCCUGGAACAGCUACUUCAGCUCCUACCUCCAAGUCGUGCACAGACUCGACAUCACGACCGCCAACUACGUCCUCAACGCCUUCUCCCUAACCUCCUACAUCUUCAGUCCCAUCUUCGGCCUUCUAAUACGCUACACCGGCGAGUUCAAAUGGACCGUUUUCACCGGCAUCCCGAUCCUCCUCCUCGGCACCGCCUGCUAA